GGUAGCGGGAUCGAUGCCCGCAUUCUCCAAGUAUCUUUUUUCGGCUGUCAAGGUUUUACACUCUUUCCUCAAAUCAAAGUGAUAACAGACAGUCACACACUAACGCCACCAUGCAGUUAGUUUUACUUGUUUUGUUUUAGCCUUUACUUUACUUAGUGAAGUACAAGAAGCUUGCUAGCUAGCGUCUCUAACGGUUAUUUAAAAACGUUAGCAUAAACGCCAUGCUAAAAAGUUAGCAUUUAGCGUUAUCGUCAGGCUUACGUUCAACAGGGUGAACGUUUAAAAGACGUUUGUGUCUCAGUUUAGCACAUCUAUUGACUAUUUGGUAUGUACUUUUUCUAUAGAUACAGCUGUUCAGCGAUUGUUUAAACACAAGAUGUUACAGAACUAAAGCAGGGAUGCAUCAUUAUAAUUAUCAUGUACUCAGUGACUAUAAAUUUGAUUGUUAGGAACAUGCUGAUGUAGCUGAUAAUAAAUUUUUACUUAAAUUUAACCCAAAUAUUUCUGGUAGCCUCAACAUCCUUUUAUCACGACUAAGUUAUGCAACAGCUGAUUUCUAGAUGUGAUGCAAAGCCUUCAACCCUCCUAAAACACAUUUACAUACACUGCACAGACAGACAGUCACCUCUGAUAGCAGUGUACAGGCUGGCAGGCAGCUGUUCAGCACUGCCCUGCUCAGUUUCAAAUAUGGGCAAGGUAAAAAUGGCAACCUUUGACGUGACAGCAAUAGAUGCUAAAAACAGAACUGACACCAGCGAGAUAGGAGCCCACACCCGCUAGGACAAGAGGCCUACUCCUCAGCCUGACACGGGCCCACUGUAGAUUGCUUUAAAAACGGACUCUUUACUAACUUUACCAGCUUUAGUGGUCUUAUCUAAUUAAGUUUUGGUAGUGUUUUAUGUCUUGCUAAAAGUGUUUGUCAAAAAUGAAUACCAUGGACAACUUGGAGAAACAGCUGAUUUGUCCCAUAUGCCUGGAAAUGUUUACAAAGCCUGUGGUUAUCCUGCCCUGCCAGCACAACCUCUGCAGAAAAUGUGCCAAUGAUAUUUUCCAGGCCUCAAAUCCAUACCUUCCAACAAGAGGUGGCUCAUUGACAUCUGGUGGCCGCUUCCGAUGCCCGUCCUGCAGACAUGAGGUGGUUCUGGACAGGCAUGGUGUUUACGGGCUGCAGAGGAACCUGCUGGUUGAGAAUAUCAUUGACAUGUUCAAACAGGAGUCCAGCAGCAGCAAGCCAGCGCCAGAGAGAAAGGAAGAAACGCCCAUGUGUGAUGUUCACGAAGAAGAAAAGAUCAACAUUUACUGUGUGACCCAUGGUGUGCCCACAUGCUCCAUGUGUAAGGUAUUUGGAGCUCACAAAGACUGUGAGGUGGCGCCCAUCACCAGCAUCUACCAGACAAAGAAGACAGAGCUGAGUGACGGGAUCGCCAUGAUGGUUGGUAACAACGACAGGAUGCAAGGCAUCAUUAGUCAGCUAGAGGAAGCCUGUCGUGCCAUAGAGGAGAAUGGUCGGAGGCAGAAGACGCUGGUGUGUGAGAAGUUUGACCAGCUGUACUCCAUCCUGGAGGAGAAGAAGAGGCAGAUGAGUCAGAAGGUGACGGCCGAACAGGAAGAGAAGGUGAACUAUAUCCGGGGCCUGACCAGACAGUACGGAGACCAUUUGGAGGAGAGCUGUAAGAUCGUGGAGAAGGGGAUCCAGACUAUGGAGGAGCCAGAAAUGGCUUUAUUUCUACAGAACACAAAGCCUCUCCUCAAAAAGAUAGCAGAAGCAUCCAGUACAGCACACUUGGACAAAGUUGAGCGCGGCUAUGAGAAUAUGGAUCAUUACAACGUCGAGUUCAAGAAAGAGGGCAAGGCCCUGCGCAGCAUUGACUUCAUCCAAGAUGAUGAAGACGAGGAUGAAGAGGAUGAGGAUGGAGAAGCAAGCGCUGAAGAAGGAGAGGGGGCCCAGACUGUUUCCUCCGGAGGCAGUGCUCUCACAGCUGCCUCUGUCCAACCUUCUGCCCCCCAGCAGAUUAACUCCUCCCCAAGCGCAGCCAAGAGCGCUGUUUCGACCUAGCUGUCAUCCGCCGGCCCCAGCCAACACCUAAACCAGGAGCAGGAUAAGUUUUGCUCCUAGAUGUUGAUUUCAGGUCAGUUGUGAUACUUUUUCUGCCAGAUCGGGGAACAGUGAGACAGAUUUAGAUCUGUGCCGAAGGGAAACUGAGGUAGUUGCUGAGGUAGAUCUAAAGGAAGAGACAGAAGUUUCAAUUCCCUUCUCUCUCUCUUUUAUUGUGAUUGUGUUAGCCUGCAUCACUGCAUGCUGACUGAUCUUUUAUGUGUCUGAUUAAAUACACGUUUUUGUUCUUCCUUUAGUUGUUUUUUUUUUGACAUACUGAAUGACAGACAGGCUAUGAGUGUCUAUUGGUUAUUUCCAGAAUUCAGACGUGUUCGUACAUUUUUUUAUGUAGCUGACCUUUUGCGACUCACUGCUACAUCAUUAGAGAGCAUGACAAGAGGGCCUCAGGUUUUCCUCCCUGUCGUAUACUUUUUUAUGACUUGAGAUAUAACUUUAUGAGUAGGGUAGCAGAGUAAAAAACUGUCACUGUGACAUUUCAGUAUUUCAUACACCCAACAGCCUGUAUUAUAUGUUGUGUUCUUUGUUGUGUAACACAGGUAUUUUUUUCCAUUAUGGACAAAACAUCACAUUUUGUCAUAUCGUGGUAUAUUAUAUCUUAUGUGUCAUUAAAACAAAAUUGUACAAACACCUACA